AUGGCACAGCCGCAACAGCAGUGGCGAUCCCCGAGCGCAGCGCCUCCUGGCGGCACUUUCGAGACAACGGGCGACAAGACGCGACCGACCGCGCGGCCCAACAUGAAGACGGACGACGACGACGACGACGACGCGGGGGGAGGGCCCAGUGGUCCGCGUCUGCGCUUUACGCACAACCAGUGCGGGAAGGAGCUCUUUUCGAGCGAAUACUUGAGGAGCAACAAAGCCAGUGGUCACAAGAAUCUGCGCUGUUUCCCGCAUUGCUGUGGCGGGCACAACCCCAAGAGCUUUUGCGGCUCGGGGCUUGUGGUCGAGUGCUUGCUGCCCAAAUGCCCAGUGGUGCUGGGCAGGUUUGAAGAACUCGCCAAGCAGCUGCCUGCGCAUGCAAACGCACUUUCGUCGCCCACGGCACCGACGGCGGUCGACACGAGUCUUGGCCGCACGACUCUGGUGGUCGGUCGCGAGUAUCCGCGUCAAGAGCUCUUCGAGGACGUCAAGAUGCCAGACCAGCCCUUCGGUCGCUGGUUCCGAGGCACGGCCGUGCCAGGCCGGAGCGUGGAAAGCUCGUGCUUUCUCCUGAAUGGCAAUCGUCAGUCGUGGCACUACGGGUGGCAGUCGUCGCGGCUUAACUGCAAGAACCUGCACGUGUUCAAAGUCUACGUCUUCGACGCCAGUGCUAGCGGAAAUGACAGCACCAUGACGUGCGUUGCUGCGCUGGCGUCACCAGCGUUCAGGAUCUCGUCGAGUCGCAAGGCGAGGAAGACGUUCCGUGCACCGAUGAGCCAAGCCGCACUGGCUAACAGCGCUGUGCCAAAUAUGGCAAGUGGCUCGAUGGGAUUGCAACUACCUCGUCACGUCCUGUCCGCUUUGAGAGGUCCUGGAGCAGGGACGCUGCCCGGGUCACAAGGUGCGAGGAGCAUUGAUGAGUUCCUCAGGAGCACGACGGGCAGCAAUAGUGCGACGGUGAAUGCAGCUGCUACGUACGUGGCGGCGCAGCAACAACAACGACCGCCGACAGGUUUCAUGUCGAGGCAGCAGGACCCUGCUCGGCGUGAACGCAAGCGCUUGACUCGCUCGGCUUCGCUCAAGACAGAUUACUUCUCGACGCCCUCGCUUCCUGCACCACAAGCGCAGCAGCUCUUGCACCAGCACCAGCAGUUUCAGCCAUCACCGAGACUGUCGCUUUCGGCCACGCAUCCGCUGCACUUCGAGGGUUCGCGGGAGACCCGGGUUUUAAUGCCAUCGUUGCCAGGCGUUGGCGCUUUCCUGAACAACGCUGUGGGAGCUCGUGCAGUAGAAGGCAAUCGGACGGUCCACGCGCGACGUUCAUCGCUGGCAGCUCUCCCGAUGCCCGCAUCGAAGCCACUGAAUAUGCCACGCCACCACUCGCGCACAGUGCCUGUGCUCACUCCGAUCACAGGUAUGAUGCAGCUUCGACUAGAGGGCCACUCGCCUUUUGCAAGAACGCCGAUCGUGAGCUCGAGUCUGUCGUCUUCCCGAUCGACGACGGUCCCUUCGUCUGGUGUUGGGACUCCUCAUGUGAACACGUCGCGCCUUACAGCUGCAGCUCUGCAUCAGCAUGCGUAUGCUUCGGCCAGGCCGUAUUCAUACGCGCGGCGCGAUACUUGGUCAAGUGGUCUGCAAAGCAUGAUUCCUGAAGGAGGCGGCAUUCCGAUGAUGAUGAUGAUGUCGCCUGGAUCCACGCCUGACAGCUACCUCAACCGCAAGCGCAACCGCUCGACUGACUCGGAUAAGGCAAUCACAGCGGCUAUUGAGGCCUCUGAGAAAAUCUGCCCGACGUUGUCGCCCGUGUCAUCUCCUGGCAACUCGCGUCCAGCAAUGACUCCGGUCCCGACUGACAGUGAGCUCUAUCGUCGCGCGCGCAUAUUGCAGCUAGCGUUUACGAUCGUCAAGCGUAUCUAUCGCUUUGAAGAAGUCACCGCGAAGCAGAAGGAGUCAAACCCGAAGAUCUAUCGCCACUCGUUCGAGAUGAUUACUCCACCGAUGCCGACAGCACCUUCUGCCUCGAGCAAGAGCGCGAAAUGUCAGCGCAGGAAGCACACGCUGGUGCAGAUCCCUCUGAGCAACCCCAAGCUGCUGUAUUUGUGCUCGAACCUUGUGACAGUCUGCACAUCGCUGGCGAGCUCUGGGCUGUUGGAAGACGUGCGUCAAAAGAUGCACGACUGUGCCCAGGCUGGGCGAGGUGUUUUAGCUGCUUACGCACAGCUUGUGGACCUGUUGAAUGACGCCGUCGAGGCUCAGGUAUCUCGCCUACCGCGUCGAAUGCACAAGUCGUGGGGUGACGCUGAGUCAGCUGAUGAGGGUGAAUGGGAUCUGUACGAGAUGCUGAAAAGCUGCGAGCCCUGGCUGCUGCAUGAGCCUUGGUGGGUGGUGCUGGACGACGACGACCAGCAGCAAGCUGGUGACAAGGAAGAAGGCGCGUUGCGUCCGCUGCCGUACAUGAACAUCUUUGCGAAUUACUACCGCGCGAUACGGGAUGCAGUGCCGUCCCGCCAGGACCUGGAAGUGGCAGUCUCGUUGCGCAAGGCGGCAGUCACAGGUGCUACGGGCUUGACUGGGGAGUGGAACCGCCUUGGCGAAGCGGACGAGCACCACCUACAGCAGCUGCAGCGUGUUGCCUCCGUUCGGUCGGCAACGGCUGCGUCGUCUCUCUCGUGGUUGGCUCGAUGUAUUCACGCGCACACGACGAAGGUGCUUCACAUUACGGAGACGGACACGACCAUGACGCUAUCGCUUCCGAACAGUCUGGUUUCAGCUGAUGUCGUGUUUCUGCUGCAGCUGGACCAGCAAGAACCGACGGUGGUGCUUCCUCAAGACUACUUUCCAUUUGGAUGGUCUCGCAAGCGCUCCUUGAUGGCGUAUCGUGCAUGGCGCGUGCGCUCUAUCGGUGACGCGAACGGCAGUGCAGUGGCAGCUCAAUUCAUGCGUUGGCCUGACGAUACCGAACUGGAUGCUGUUGAGAACGACGAAGAGGAGGAGGAACUGGAUGAUGACGACGAAGCAGACGACUUCCCCGAAGAGCCGGAGGAGGAGCCAACUGGCCGUCGCAGACGACAGCCAAAGCGUCUGCGUACGCGCAUUACCAUCUACUUUUCCGUGUUUUCCACGACAACUUUGCAGCUGCGCACGAUCGUUGAAGCUAGUCUCGCUCCCGCCGCAGCUCUACCGGCCUCGAUGCCAGCGCAGCCGACCGAAGCAGACAUGCUGCGAUACUUCAAAGCGCCAUCUUCCUGGGAAAUGCGAUCGCAAAUUUCGCAGCAGUACACGAAGAACAUGUGA